AAUAAAGACGCAAAAUCUGUUUGUCUUAAUCAAUAAAUUUCGUGACUCAUUUUUAUUUUUUCAAACAGUGAUGUCAUUCAAAUUAUUAAGUUAGGUUAAGUUGAGUAAUAACAAAUUUUAUGAUGUUUAACUUUUGGUCUAAACCUGAUCCUAAAGAGGAGCAAAGACAAGUUGAUAGACAAUUAAGGAAAGUAGGCAGAGACAUCGAAAGAGAUCGCAGAGAACUAGAAAGGGAAGAAAAGAAAUUGGAACUUGAAAUCAAGAAACUAGCCAAAGAAGGUAACAAUGAGGGUUGUCGGAUGCUAGCCAAGCAACUAAUACAACUUAGAAAACAGAAAAACAGAUCAUACAAUGCCUCAAGUAAGGUGCAAGGUAUACAGUUUCAAAAUAAAGCAAUGGGGGCUAAUGUUAAAAUGGCAAAUGCUAUGGGCGUCGCCGGUAAAACUAUGGCUGACAUGAAUAAACUCAUUCGGCCUGAACAAAUUGCUGCUACUGUCAAUGCCUUCUCUAAAGAGAAUAUGAAGAUGGAGAUGACUGAUGAUAUGAUUAAUGAUACUUUAGAUGAUAUGCUAACUGAAUCUGGAGAUGAAGAGGAGAGUGACAACAUUGUUAGUCAAGUUUUGGAUGAAAUUGGUAUUGAAAUUAGUGGAAAGAUGUCCGGUGUUUCUGUGCCUUCAACAAGCCUGGGAGAAACAUCCAAGUCUAAGGGACUUACUGAUGAUGAAAUUGAAGCACAAUUAGCCAAAUUAAAAGGUUAAACACUCUGCUGCUGUUCUUGUGAAUAUAUAUUGUUAUUAUAUUAUUUUAUUCUAUAGUAUUACAUUGUAUAUGGAACCGCUUUUACACUUUUAGGAUAAAUAAAAUACUGUUUUUUAAUCA